AUGUCGACCGAAACAAGGCCGAAACCGACCAAACUGCGCUCCAUUUUGAGUAGGUUCCUUGGAACAGCCGACUCUCCGUCGCCACCUCCCCGCAUCUCGUCUUCUUCAUCUUUGUCCUCCCACCAGAACGAGUACCUGAACGAAGUAACGCUUAAGGGUCUCAAUACGCAUCAGCAUCAAAUCAUGGAUGGCGAACUAGCAUCAGACUUGCGUGGCUUGCUACCGCCAAGGCUCCAAUUGGAUGAUGAAUGGAGUCUAGUGUAUUCAAUGGAACAGCACGGGAUCUCACUAAAUACACUAUAUCGAAACAGUGACCCUGAGGUACAAUUGCAGACGGAGUUGGGUAAAAAAUCGUCCCUGGGGUAUGCCGAUAAUGUUGUGAAAAACAUGGUUGUGUUCACGCACAAUGAUAUGCCGCUAGGGAAGAGACCCCAUGGUUAUGUGGUUGCUAUCGAGGAUCACAAGGGAAAUAGAUUCGGAUGCUACCUAAAUGAACACCUUCGCGCCACAGACAAAAAACGUUACUAUGGAAAUGGUGAAUGUUUUCUAUGGAAAUCGGAGUGGUGUGAAGAGAAGCAUAAGCUGCCGCGCCGACUCAAAGCAUUCAUGUAUACUGGCGUAAAUGACAACAUUAUUUACUCAAAUCACGACUUCAUAGCUGUGGGGUCUUCCUCAGGUAACAAUGGACUCUGGAUCGAUAAAUCGUUAUGUCUGGGUGUCUCAUACAAAUGCGAGACGUUUGGGAAUGAAAUACUCAAUGAACAUGGAGAUGGCCAUCACAAGUAUGGCAAGUUCAAGAUUAUGAACAUGGAGGUGUGGCGCGUCGGGCAACUCAAGUGA